AUGAGGGUUGACUCAAUUUCGAUAGAUUCGAAGGAUAAGAAAUUGACAGUAACAGGAAACGUAGAUCCAGUUGAAUUAGUUUCAAAAGUGCAGAAGCUGUGUCACACUGAGAUACUCUCUGUUGGACCAGCAAAAGAGCCUGAGAAGAAGAAAGACGAGCCGAAGAAAGAGGAAGCAAAGAAGCAGGAUGACAAGAAGAAAGAGGCAGUAGCAAUAAAGGCAUAUCCAGCUCCAGUUUACUAUCAACAAUAUCAGCAACCUUAUCAGCAUUACCCAACACCUGUUCCUGCUUGUUAUCGUAACUAUCAUAGCAUGGAAGAGGAUCCAACUUCUUGCGUUAUCUGCUAA